AUGCAAGCGAUUCAGCAUGAGGGGCUCUCAGGCCUGGUGGAACAGCCAGGUCUGGCAGACUCUGCUGUGAUUAGAGAAUCGUCGCUUAAAGGCCCAGCGCCCAAGAACAUCGCCUUCGAGUUGCUUCUUGAUGAGAACUCCAAAGUCCGAGCCCGUAUACCGAUGCGCGUGCAGAUAUAUCCCCACGACACCACAGAUUCCAUCGUCACCACGGUCAAAAAUUUCUAUGGCAUCUACGAUGGCACUCCAAGUGGGGUCAGCUUCGAGGAUGAACAUGGAACCACCCUGAUCGCAAGGUAUGAGAACCUCAAAAAUAACAAGACUGUGUAUGUACGAGUCAUUCCCAUUCAAUCGUAUGGGGAUCACUUCUAUAAUGGCUUCUCUGCCGAACCUCGCAAGCGGCCCAGUCUGGCAGAGCCUUUCCAGAUGAUUGACGGCAUGGCGCCUGGGCUGGAUCAGCCAUCGCGACCAGCAUCGCGCAUGGCGAGGAAGCGCAGCACCUCUCCGUCGAACCGGAGCUUGCGCAGUGCUUCUCAGCACAAGCCUCCCUCUCGCGCAGGUCACAAAAGCCGAGCUUCCAGUACCCACGGGGUUUUCCAUGAUGAUGAAGACUACAGUGAUACUGAGAGCGCUUACGCUCGUCGUGCUCGCAAUGAGAUCUUCGCUAGUUCAGACAUCAGCAUGGAGAACAUACUACAAGAUGGUCGUCGGAAACGGCCCAAGUUCGACAGCUCUUGCCCCUCACUACCUCCACCUCCUCAAUUUCUCCUCAACGUCGAUCAAUUGGACAGGAAGGCGCUGGGUCGCCUUUCGCCCGCCCUCCCCAACGCCCUUAUAGCUACCAACAUGCGCUCCCUUCCCCACAAAGCUAUGGUCAUAGUGAAUACGGCGCCCAGUCAGGGCGCAAUUCGAUGUACGCAGCCCCCAUGGUCCCAGAUCACGGGCAUCGUAUGCGCGAUUCCUCGGGGGGGCUAUGGUAACUCUGCCAGCCGAGCCAGCGCUCCAGGCGUACUGCCCACCCCCGAUCCCACCAUUUCAAGCUGUAUCUCUGACGAGGAUGUGGCCAUGCAAUUGAUACGUUUAGGCGACGCAUCCAACUUCUCUCAUGGUCGCACUUCGGCCUCGACGUUGGAUGAUGCCUUCAGCGGCGCUGCCGAUGCCAACUCAUCGACUGGUGCUACCAGUGAUGGGGAUGACUUCAGCGAGGAUGAAGAUGAUCUGCCAGCUCGUCGCCAAAGGUUGGACUCGAGCCCGAUGCUUCCACCGGGCACCAUCAAGCGCCAUCUUAAGGGCCUUGAUGACAUCCUUCCCAGCGCUGACAGCAGCGAUCACAGCUCAGACGGUGCCGAUGACGGCAUCAAGAGUGAAGCUGAUGAGGACAUCUUGUAUAAGGAGUUUGCGCCGAAGGCAAAGAAGCCCAAGAGCCGCCCCAUGUCGUUCAAGGUCCGCAACCAGAAGCCGGCCUCCGUGAAGCUGAACAAGAGCAAGGCUUCCGCGCCUGUGUCUCGCAAGUCAUCGGAGAAGACAUCCGUGCCCAUCCAACCCCUCAGCCCGGCCUCGUCCCGCAAGGUCUCUGGGGGCUCGGUCAACUUCCAGCAUCAGCUCGGUGCCGAUGAGGAAGAUUUAUCUACCAAGCCUCGCUGCCAGAGAUGCCGCAAGAGCAAGAAGGGUUGUGACCGUCAGCGUCCAUGUGGGCGCUGCAAGGACGCUGGCAUUGGCAUUGAAGGAUGUGUCAGUGAAGACGAGGGCAAUGGUCGCAAAGGUCGUUACGGCCGCCAUAUGGGAGUCCCAGUCAAAAAGGAUGGUGAAGAGAUGGAUGAAGGCGACGAAGACUUCCCAUCAAUGCCUGCGACCCCUCCUAUUUCUUCAUCUACAGCAGACAAGAAUAAGAAGCGGAAGCGCUAG